UCACAGCAUGUCUUGUAUAAAUACUUUAUUCUGGAUGAUUUCUUGGUUGCUUGGCAGAUAUCAGGUACAAGACAUAUUAAAUCUCUAAAGAAUGUUCACCAAUGAUGGAGCCACAGACAUUAAGAUUGUCGACUGGAAUGGCCCUGAUGACCCCGGAAAUCCCUUCAACUGGUCGACAACCAGAAAAUGGAUCAUGACAUUUGCUGCCGUCUUCACCACGUUUACAGCGCUGAUGAACGGCACCAUCAUCACCGUCGCCCAUGAUGCUCUCGACCAGCAAUUUGCCGUCAGCGAGACAUCAUUCCCCAACUCGUACUGGCCCGUCACUUCGUGGGCUCUUGGAGGCGCCUUUUUCUCGCUGAUCGUUCUGCCUAUCAUGGAGGACUUUGGCAUCCGAACCGUCUUUCUCCUCACUCACCUUCUAUUUCUGCUCUUUCUGAUACCGCAAGCCGUGGCCCAGAACUUUGCAACGUUGAUCAUCACCCGCUUCUUUGCCGGUGGAUGUGUCUCGAUCAUGGGCAACACCGCCGCCGGCGUCAUUGGCAACGUGUGGGAAAGCGAAAAGGAACGCACAAAGCCAGUUGGUCUGUGGAUUGUUGCGUAUCUGGCGGGCAGCAGCAUUGGGCCUGUGGUUGGGGCAUCCAUCUUCCAGUUUCUGUCGUGGCGAUGGAUUUCCUACCUGCAGCUGAUCUGGUUUGGGAUUAUGUUUCCCUUCAACUUUGUCAUCUUCCAAGAAUCGCGAGAUACGGUGAUUUUGAAACAACGGGCGAAGAAGCUUCGGGCCGAAGGGGAACAGAAUGCAUACACACGGCAUGAGCUCGAAGCAGAGCCAGUGGCGCAGAUUCUCCUGACGAGUAUCCAGAGACCGCUGAAGAUGCUGCUGACCGAGUCUGUCGUGUUCUGGUGCGCCAUGUGGUCUGCGUUUACCGUGGGCACGCUGUAUCUCUUCACGCAGUCUGUUGAACAGGUGUUUGUGUCUCUGUAUGGCUGGGAUCCGGUCCAGGCUGGAUACGUGCAGGCAGCGGUGGUGAUUGGCCAAGUGGUUGGAUGGCCGUUUUCGUUGAUUUCCGCACAUUUAUACUUCAGUUCUGCCAGUCGCAAUACCGAGAUGCCCGGCGUGCCUAUCCCUGAAGCCCGAUUGUACAUGUCGAUAGGAGGAGGGAUAUUCGGGAUGGGUGGAGGCAUGUUCGUGUAUGCCUGGACCUCGUAUCCCAAUCUUCCCUGGAUUGCACCGGCUGUCGGGCUCUUCAUGGUCGGUGCGGGCUCGGUGGUGGUGGCGAUUGGCAUCAUGGACUACAUUGUGGAUGCAUACAGCCAGUAUGCCGGCAGCGUGAUGGCGAGUUGUGUGCUGGGCGAGAACACCUUUUCAGCAUUCCUGCCUCUCGCCGCGAUGAGGAUGUACAACACGCUGGGCUUCCAGUGGGCGAGUACAUUGCUGGGUUUCGUUAGUCUGUUGCUGGUGACUGCACCGGUUUGUAUCUUGAUCUGGGGGAGGACAAUUCGACAACGAAGUCCGUUUAUGCAAGCAGGAGAGAAACGGAACUGAUGAUUCAUAACAAGGAUUGUCAUUGUAUAUUCAUGAUAAAUCAACCCUAAUAAUAGACUCAUUCAGCCUAAGAGUUACAAAAUGCCACCAAAAAUUCCACCUAUUCUUCGUGAUCAGACAAGGAAGAAGUAAUAUCAACGCCCAAUGGCGGACCCG